AUGAUUUAUUUUUUAGGUGAUUUGUAUCCAGUAAAAAGUUCCCGAUCUCCAUCUCGAGACCGUUCAGUCACCCCUUUCACCGACUAUGAAAGCGAUUUUGAAUUACGCUUUGUAGAUGCUCUUUCAAGAGUAUCACAAAAAAUGGCAAUACCUGCACCAACUUUUACAGCUUCUGUUAGUUAUGACGGUAUGGAUGAUUGGGAUUCAGCAAAAGAAGGAUCUGUAGCAUCGUUAUCGGAUUAUGAUGAUGCUAUUAGCAGUAAUUUUUUUAUAUAUUUCGUAUUUUAUGUAUUUCGUAUUUCGUAUUGUUUUAUUAUAACGGCAUUUUUUCAGUAUGUUGAAGAUGAAGAAUAUUAUGAAGAAGAAUCUGAAUGGGACGAAGAUGAAAAGUCAGAAGAAGAAGAAGAUGAUGAUGAAGAAGAAGAAGGAGAGGAAGAAGAGGAAGAGGAAACCGAAGAAAAAGAAUCUUCUGCCGAGGAUGAAGAAUUGUUUAAUGCAAAAGAUGACAAAAACCUGAGAAAUGAAAAUAAGAAUGAGGUUAAAAGAUAUAAACGAUCAACACGAUUGACCAAUUUAGAUGAAAAUAAACCAAAGCGAACUUAUGGCCCAAUAAUUAAACCUGUAAUUGAUGAUAGCUUUGAUAAACAAAUGAAAGAAAUCCGUGAAUCAAUCAAAGCAGGAAAUCAAAAUUUGAGUUCAAAAGUUGCUGAUUUGAAAAAAGGUAUAAGUAAUGUUGCUGGUGAGGCUAAACGCAAUAUUCUUGAAGAAAAGCAUAAAUCUCUUAUGGAUGAAGCAUCACAGCUUUUCAGGUUCUUUGGAAUAAACCAAAAUAAGCCAACUACGGUAACGCCAAAAGAGGCACCAAAAGUGAUCGAUAAACCAACAAUGUCAGUAGCUUCUAUUCCCCUCUCCAAUUCAUCUAAUACAAAGCAAGCUGCAGAAAAACAAAAAACCAGUACUUCGAAAAAUUUUGAACCAAGUUUAUCAACAAAUCAGCAGAAAUCUAAGGAAAUGGCUACUAAACAAGCAACGAAAUGUAUCGCAUUUUUCUUACUCGAAAAAUAA